AUGCUUUAGUCAUUUGUUGUGUGGUUACAUUUGGCUCUUUCAUUCAAUCCCUUCUCUCACCCACUCUUAACCUCCUCAUUUAUAACCAUUCAUUCCCACCUGUCCAAAAUGCCCCUCGCUGCCCCUGUAGCUUCCGGUCAAACUGUUUGUGUCACCGGCGCCGGUGGCUUCAUUGCCUCUUGGCUUGUCGAGCUUCUUCUUCAAAAGGGUUACAUUGUCAGAGGCACGGUGAGAAAUCCAGAGCUGGAUGGAGCUGAGCAAAGGUUGACGUUGUACGGUGCUGAUCUUCUUGAUUUUGAGAGCCUUAAAGCCGCCGUUAAUGGUUGCGAUGGUGUUUUCCACACGGCGUCUCCGGUGACCGAUGACCCAGAAAAGGUGGAGCAGGCAAUAUUUGGGACAAAAAAUGUUAUAAUGGCGGCGGCCGAGGCCAAGGUCCGGCGAGUGGUGUUCACAUCAUCCAUUGGAACUAUAUACAUGAACCCCAAUCGGAGCCCCGACACGGUGGUGGAUGAGUCUUGUUGGAGUGAUCUCGAGUAUUGCAAAAAUACUAAGAAUUGGUAUUGUUAUGCAAAAACAGUGGCAGAGCAAACAGCAUGGGCAACGGCAAAGGAGAAAGGGGUGGAUCUAGUUGUGGUGAAUCCCAUGUUGGUGCUUGGACCAUUAUUACAACAGUCAAUAAAUGCAAGUGUUGCUCAUAUCAUGAAGUACUUGACUGGCUCUGUCAAGACUUAUGUCAAUGCAGUUCAAGGGUAUGUUCAUGUCAAGGAUGUUGCAAAAGCUCACUUGUUGGUGUAUGAGACUCCCUCUGCCUUCGGUAGAUACAUUUGUGCUGAAACUAUGCUUCAUCGAGGAGAAUUAGUUGACAUUUUGGCUAAGUUCUUCCCUGAGUAUCCCAUUCCUACCAAGUGCUCUGACCAGGUGAACCCUAAGAAGAAACCUUACAAAUAUAGUGUGAAAAAGCUGAAGGACUUAGGCAUGGAGUUCAUACCUGUGAAGCAAUGCAUAUAUGAAACUGUGAAGAGCCUUCAAGAGAAGGGUCAUCUUCCACUUCCUGCUUAAUAUUACAAUUACAAAUAUUUCAAUCUAAGUCUCUGCCACAUCUUCAUUAUAAAAACCAAUUAACUUAAACAUAUAAUAUAUAUAUCCUAAUGAGGAAAGGUACAAACAUAUAUAUAAAGAAAGAUGGAGAGAAAGAAAAUAUAUAGAUCUUGCUAUAUAUCCCCCAUUUCUUAUAUAUACAUAUAGAAACAUAUAUAUAUAUAUAUAUAUAUAUAUAGAAACCAAAUUAUAGAAAAUGUAAUGCAAAUGUGUAUUUAGUUAAUUAGUAUUACAUCUUUGAAUUCUCCUUUGUUA